GACAUAGUCGGCAUUGUGUGACGGCCUUGGAAGAAUCUAAUGGCAGUUGUUGAUCUUUUAUUUAGAAUACAGACGUCUGAUCCAUUCAAUUUUAUUUUUUUUGAUUUAUUUAAUAUUUUGGACAUCAUUGGAUCAAAAAAAAAACUUAAAAUUGAUCGUAGACGAUAACCGGUCAACUAAAACUCUGACCAUCGCAUUGACAGUAAUUUCCUAAGGAGCGACCAGAAACAUGGCUAUACAAUGUACAAUAUGCAUGGCUAGUCUCAGUUUUACCGAGGCUGCUAAUGCGGCUUCCUGUGGCCAUGUAUUUCACGAGCCGUGCUUAGUUCGAUGGUUUCGUCAAUCAAAGACCUGCCCACAAUGUCGAGCCCGAUGCGAUGAGAGACAAGUGCGUCGUUUGUACUUCAGCGCCGAAUUAAACAGCUCAUCGGUCGAUGUGGAUUCGCUUCAACUAGACUUGGAUAACGCACAGUUGGAAGUGAACAAUCUGCGAUCCAAUCUUGAUGCCAAAAAGACUGAAAUAACGAAGUUACGCGACAAGCAUAAAGAAACGAAAUCAACUAUUUUGGGAUUGGACGCUCAACUCGAAUUGACCAGGGUACAAUUGCAAAAUGCCAACUCUCAGAUUGCUAGUCAGAAGAGUGAGUUGAAUCGGUUGCGUGCGGUGGAAGCAGGACUUAACGUAAAGAUGCAAGAAGCGAAAGACUUAGAGUAUAUCAAAAGUAUCAUCGACUCGAGUGUUAGUCUUGAAGUUGAAGAAAUUCUACAAGGUCAAUCGGACGUUAAAGUCCUGGCAACUUUAGUUUCAACAUGUAAAAGGGAGCUCGUAAAAGUUAAGCGAAGCAGAGAUGAGGCACAAAACAACCGACGAAAUUGCCAAGAAGAAAAUGCUAAACUCGUCAACGUCAUCAGGCAACUAACUGAGAAAAUUAACACAUUGGAAAGCGAUAACUAUAAAUUACAAGACGAUUUGUCUCAAUUGAAACGGUCUAAUGAUCUAAAUACUACUGCAAACGAGGCCGCCGCAUCGGCUCCAGCAACAACGAUUCAUUCUUCGCAACCAGCAUCACGCUCCAUUCAAUUGUCAACUUCCACGACCCCCAGAACUGGAUCGCCGUAUCUCAGCAUAAGACAGAGCAACGUUGGAUUAACACCUCUUUUACAUAGGAAGCGAAAAGCUGAAGCAGAGGCUCCUCAUGGCGCUUUUCGUAACUUAACCAUAUUUAAUAAUCCGCGAAAGUUGAGUAGACCCGUGUCUGGAGCUCAACCGUCCGGUACAAUUUACAAUGGAUUCGGUGGUAGUGAGCGUAAAGAGAACUUUGCCGGUUUCCCAAAUGGUACGACCAGAAAGAAUUCUGCCGGCAGCGGUUAGAUCUCGUUUCCGUGAAAAAUGAAGAGCACAAGAUAAAAGUAAUUCGUUUCCGUGCCGUGUCAUUUUGAAGUUUUAUGAUAUUUCUCUUUGUAUUAAAUUUGUGACAAUUUGGUUAAUUAAAUAAUUUGAUGCAAUGAAAA